CCCACAGCUAUUGUCCAUUUGUUAUCGUAAGAAAACGCAGUCACCGGCCCGAAAACAUCGUUUGCCGAGGACCUAAACACGGCGGAAAUGGAAGACAACCCGAGAGCCGAAGCCGAAAGAUUACUAGGAAUCGCCGAGAAGCUCCUACACAACCGAGAUCUUGUGGGUUCGAGAGACUUCGCAAUCUUGGCCCAGGAGACGGAGCCCCUUCUUGAGGGGUCGGAUCAGAUCUUGGCCGUUGUCGACGUUCUCCUCGCUGCGGAGAAACGUAUAAACAACCACCACGACUGGUACUCCAUCCUCCAGAUUGACCGCAGAUCUGAUGAUCCAGAUCUCAUCAAGAAGCAGUACCGUAGGCUCGCUCUGCUCCUCCACCCGGACAAGAACAAGUUCCCUCUCGCCGAUCAGGCUUUCAAGCUCGUUGCCGACGCCUGGGCCGUCUUCAACGACCACUCCAGGAAGUCAAACUACGACAACGAGCUCGGCAUCUUCGCGAAGGUCGAUCUCAACCUGCAGCAACCGAAACUGCCGGUCCGCCGUAGCCAGCCGCCGAUUUAUAGGAAGGACCUCUACAGGAAUAGCAACAUUAGUUUCAGUAGCGGCGCGAACGAGAGCAUGGAGGAUCAACGGCUGAGAUUGUCGAGCUUCUGGACGAUGUGCCCCUACUGUUACAACCUGUAUGAGUACCCUAGGGUUUACGAAGGGUGCUGCUUACGGUGUCAGAGUUGCCAUAGGGCGUUCGAAGCAGUGCUAAUCGCGUCUUUGCCACCGCUGGUGCCGGGCCAGGACGCCUACUAUUGUUGCUGGGGGGCCUUUCCGAUGGGCUUCGUGGGUGGGAAUUCGGACAGCGCAGGAAAGAGUACCAUGGCAGGUGGCGCGAGGUUUCCGAAUUGGACGCCAUCGACGAAAGAGAAUGUUAGGAAUGAUGGAACACCGUUGACAGCGGUGGGUGUUUUGGAUGGGAACUCGUCGGGACUGAGACCCGCCCCGAGAAAGAGAGGAAGGCCGCGGAAGAAUCCUGUGCAACCACGAUGAUCUAAUUAUUGGGACUAAUAUAUAUGCGACGGGUUUUGCUAUUUGGUCACCGGAGAUUUGGGGGAGGAUUCAAACAUUGUCAAUGCAGAAAUAUUUUCCAAUGAAUGUGACGGGUUGGGUCCGGGGGAGAUGAUUUUAACGUUUUGUGAUGAGUAAUGUGCCGGAAGAUGUUGGAAGAUGCGUGGCUGUGGCACUGGCCGUGGCUUCUGCUGAUGAUCCAUUGGGUGGUUUAAAUCAUGGAUUUUUCACGCAGCUUUUCCUCUGCAAAUUGCUUGCAGAGAGAGUUUGGAACGCUGCAGUCAUGCUCUACUUGUUUGUUUAUUUGUCCUUUCAACUAGCAUUCCAGUUUGUUCAUAGCUUAAUGGGAAAUCCGAGUUGCGGUUGGUCGGGUUUGCACGGUGAGCGGCCGGACAUCGGUCAUUAACAUUGCUACAUUCUUGAUAACAUGCGCGAUCAAAUUACUACACCAUAUCCAUCUAAGCUUUCUUUUUCGUCAAUAUUGUAUUCUCUUUGAGUAAAUUGAUAUAUAAAGUUAAAAAAACUGCACACGUUUGGAAAAGAAAGUAAAUGUAAUCCAUUCGAAAAAGAUAAAAAAGCUCAUAUUUGCUGAAGCACGAGUAUCGAUUACUUUUUGUGAAAGGCUA